AUGUCUAAGGCAGACGAAGGACGUCUGAUACAUAUCGCGAAGAAACGUGAACGUGCUAAAGAAGCUAUCGAGCAAAGACGACGGAAACUGGAAGAAGAGACAAAAAAUCUGAAAUCAGGCAUCACGACAAAAUUCACCGCGAAUUACGAUGCUAUAGAAGAUUCUCUUAAAACUAGCACUGUAGGUCUAGUAACGCUGGAUGAAAUGCGAGAAAAACAGCGAGAUGUUGUUGAAGCAAGGGAGUUGCAAAGAGCAAUUGAAGGGAAUUCGAAGGAAGGUGUCAGAACUGCGACUAGCGAUAGCAAAAUCUGUCAAAAACGAGUGCUUUCUUUUGCAUACGAUGAUGAAGACGAAGACGGCGCAGCGUCUAUACCAUUAGAGAAAAAACGAGUAGGUAUGGAUCCAACGGUGGAGACAGCAUUUCUUCCAGAUCGUAAUCGAGAAAAGGAAUUGGCUAGGUUGAAGGAAGAUCUUGCAAAAGAGUGGCAGGCGUUGCAAGAGAAAGAAAAAAACGAAGAGAUCAACAUUGCAUUCGUAUAUUGGGAUGGCUCCAGUCACCGGAAGGACUUGAAAAUGAAAAAGGGAAAUACUAUCUCACAGUUUCUUGUCCGAGCACUUGAAUUGCUGAAAAAGGAAUUCAGUGAAACGCGGGCAGCUGUACCGGAAAGUUUGAUGUUUGUUAAAGAGGACCUCAUCAUACCUCAUUUCUAUACGUUUCAAGAUUUCAUUGUGACGAAAGCAAUGGGAAAAACCGGUCCGUUAUAUGAAUUUGAUGCAGCGGGAGAAAUACGACUAAGACAGGAUGCCGCUGUAGAUUGUGGCGAAUCUCAUCCAGCCAAGGUUGUACUACGAAGUUGGUACGAAAAGAAUAAGCAUAUAUACCCCGCAUCUCGAUGGGAAGCUUUUGUACCUAACAAAGAAUACAGACGAACAAUUGACGAUCUCACCACCAUUUGA